GGAGAAUGAAGGGAGCGCCUGCUCUGGGCCCCAGCUGAGAAUUUCCUAUCAGCAUCAGAGCUGCAGGCCUCGAUUUUAUGGAAAAACAAGGUCAGAAACCUCACUUGGGGGAGAUUCUCCACCCUAGAUUAAUGACUCACCAGGCGGAAGCCCUGUGAGGUCCGGUUAAGAAGAGGGUCCCCCACGACCUUGGGGUCCCGGAGUAAAGACCUCGGUGUUCCUCAUGGCUUCCUAGAUUAGAAAGGCAAAAUCACUGUCGGCCUGAUCUGGACACUCAAGACGCUGGCCCUGCCGCGACCUGGUUUAGCGGUUCUAGAGGUGAAUCGCAACUGUUUUGAAGAAUGUUUUGGCUGGGGGAGCCAUAGCGGCUCGCACCGGAAGCGGCGCGCCGGAAGACCGGCGGGCGUGGCGGAGACGUGUCUAACUGGGAUGCCUGGAGGCUCUUUCCCUGCUGUUGGGAUCCGGAAGGCUGUGCCUAGUCCACCUGCACUUCGUGGGCCCAGCGGAGCAGCGUGGGGCGGCGGCGGCGGAGGCCCAGGCUGGCAGCGGCGGCUGCCGGGGGCCCAGCCAUGGCUGAGUCGGUGGAGCGGUUGCGGCAGCGGGUUGAGGAGCUGGAACAAGAACUCUCCAGAGAGAGAAGCCGGCAGGUCGUGGGCGGCCGGACCCGCAUCGAGAAGAUGAGCUCCGAAGUGGUGGACUCCAAUCCCUACAGUCGGCUGAUGGCACUGAAGCGAAUGGGGAUUGUCGGUGACUAUGAGAAAAUUCGUACUUACGCUGUAGCAAUAGUAGGUGUUGGCGGAGUUGGCAGUGUGACUGCCGAAAUGCUGACAAGAUGUGGCAUUGGUAAGUUGCUGCUUUUUGACUAUGAUAAAGUGGAACUGGCCAAUAUGAAUCGACUUUUCUUCCAGCCUCAUCAAGCAGGGCUGAGUAAAGUUGAAGCCGCAGAACACACCUUGAGGAACAUUAACCCUGAUGUUGCGUUUGAAGUUCACAACUACAAUAUCACCACCGUGGAGCACUUUGAGCACUUCAUGAGCAGAAUAAGUAAUGGCGGCUUAGAAGACGGAAAGCCUGUUGACUUAGUCCUUAGCUGUGUGGACAACUUUGAAGCUCGGAUGGCCAUCAAUACAGCUUGUAAUGAACUGGGUCAGACGUGGAUGGAAUCUGGGGUCAGUGAAAAUGCAGUUUCCGGGCACAUCCAGCUCAUGAUCCCCGGAGAGUCGGCGUGUUUUGCGUGUGCGCCACCGCUUGUAGUUGCUGCAAAUAUUGAUGAAAAAACCCUGAAACGAGAAGGCGUCUGUGCAGCCAGUCUCCCCACCACCAUGGGAGUGGUUGCAGGGAUCUUGGUUCAAAAUGUAUUAAAGUUUCUGUUAAAUUUUGGCACUGUCAGUUUUUACCUUGGAUACAAUGCAAUGCAGGACUUUUUCCCUACCAUGUCCAUGAAGCCAAACCCUCAGUGUGAUGACAGAAACUGCAGGAAGCAACAAGAAGAAUACAAGAAGAAGGCCGCGGCCCUGCCCACACAGGAGGCUGUACCCAAGGAGGAGGAGGAGAUAGUCCAUGAAGACAACGAGUGGGGUAUUGAGCUGGUGUCGGAGGUUUCAGAAGAGGAACUGAAGAACUCUUCGGGUCCCAUUCCCACCUUACCUGAAGGAAUUACAGUGGCAUACACAGUCCCAAAGAAGGGCACGCAGAUGAAAACAGUGAGGUGCAUGUCACUCCGAGUGGAAAGGUCAGUGCUGGCAAGGAUGUGCGCAGAGGGAUCCUGGGAUGUAGCAGUGCCCUGCUGUCAGGAAUGGAAAGCAGUGCAUCUGGUUUGGAAAACAGAAUGGUGGAGGCUCCUCUAAAAAUUAAGAGAAUUACCAUAUAUGUGAUGUAUGUGAGCCAGUGUUCUCAUGGGCGGUAAGUAUCUAAAGUAUAUAUAGCCAAAAUGCCCACCGAUGAAUCAAAGAUACACACGCGCGCACGCACACACACACACACACACACACAGGAACACUAUUGAGCCAUAAGAGGAUGGCAACCUGUCAUUUGUGAAAAGACAGAUGGAACUGGACGUAAUUAAGUAAAAUAAGAUGGCACAGAUAGACAGACUCCACAUGAUCUCACUCAUGUGGGCUCUAAAAGGUUUGAUAUUAUAGAAGCCGAGAGUGGAGUGGUGCUCCCGGUGAGCGGGGAGGAGGGCGGAAGGCUGGCCAGCAGCUUGUAGGUUACAGCUUUCUAGGAACAUUAAGCUAUGGUGCCUGUCGCAGAAGGGUAGCUGUAGGUAGUCACUGUUGUAUGUUAGGUAGAAGGAGUGAUUUUUGAAUGUUCUCAUUACAAAGAAAUGGUUAUCCUGGCAAACAUCACACAGUAUAUACACGUACCAUAACUUCAUGGUCUACUAUAAAUAACAGUUAUUUUAUAUUAAAAAUACGCUCAGUAGAAAUGUCAAGAAUAUUGAAGUUGCUGCCUCCUGAACAAGAUUUUGGUGAGGAAUAUAAAGAACUGCAUUUUCCCUAAAUAUUUCAAAAUGUACUUAUCAGAGAAAAUCAGCUUUUUAAGCAUGUUGAGCAUGGGUAAAGCAAACUGUUAAGGACACGCACUUUUGUAUGGUUGUUUUCAUUGCAUUUCCCCUUUUGUUGACAGCAAGAGGGUUCUGUUUCUGAGGUAACAGUGGAAGAUUCUGGUGAAAGCUUGGAAGAUCUCAUGGCCAAGAUGAA